GAUUUCCUAUUGGAAUCAUAUUCAUCAACACAACAUAAAGAGCAACUCCUUGUCUUCUUCUGAAUAAAGUCAAGAACAAUGUCACACAGUUCAGUCCUGCCUCUGCUGCUCCUGCUGGGGACGUGCUCAGCUUACACCUAUGAAAAUGUAGCCUUGCGGGGAAAAGCCACCCAGUCAGACCGUCAUGGGGACUACGGGGCCGCCUACAAUGCUAUUGAUGGAAACCGUCAGUCUAACUAUCUUGCUGGUUCAUGCACCCACACUGUUGAGAUGACCAACCCCUGGUGGAGAGUGGACCUGCUGGAAUCAUACAUCGUAACUUCCAUCACCCUUACCAACAGAGGAGACUGCUGUGCAGAAAGGCUCAAUGAGGCCGAGGUUCACAUUGGUAACUCUUUGCAAGACAAUGGUGCUGCAAACCCAGUGGCUGUUGUAAUUCCUCAUAUCCCAGUUGGCAGGUCUUUAAAAAUAACUUUUACCAGACUUGUGGAGGGACGUUAUGUGACUGUGGUUCUACCUGGUAUAAAAAGGAUCCUAACACUCUGUGAAGUGGAAGUCAACGGUUACCGUGCCCCAACAGCAGAGAACCUAGCAAUCCAAGGAAAAGCCACACAGUCAUCGCUGCAUGGUAUAGGCAUUGCAAACAAUGCUAUUGACGGGAAUCGGAACACCCUUUGGAGCCAGGCUUCUUGUACUCACACGGGAUCCGAAUUGAACCCUUGGUGGCGACUGGACCUGGGCAAAACCCACAAAAUAUUUUCUGUUAACAUAACAAACUACAUAGAUGUUAAAUUACAACUCGUUGGAGCUGAGAUUCGAAUUGGAGACACUCUUGAGAACAAUGGCAACAGCAAUCCCAGGUGUACUGUGAUUUCAAGCAUCCCUCCAGGUUUCACUGAAAGCUUUCAGUGCAACGGGAUGGACGGUCGCUACGUCAACAUAGUCAUUCCUGGGAAAACCAUUUACCUGGUGCUGUGUGAAGUGGAGGUGUACGGUUCCAGACUGGAUUAGGUCCGUAGGUAGAUUAGGUACUGUAGGAAAUGUUCUUUUAUUCGAAGCCCAGGAGUCGAUUAAAAGAAACGAAGUGAAGCCCCUGUUAUAAGUUUUAAAAGGAGUAUUUAAUAAAAGGAUGCAGCAGUAGGUUUUACAAAAGUUUCACAGCUCAUCAGUAGUUACUGUCUGUUGUCCGGAAUAAAAGAGAGCCCGAUUUCACAAUACAAACAUGUUUUAUAGAACCAUCCCUUUCCGGCCAUACAAUAAACAACUUAAAAAUAA